GCCAACGGUCAGUCUGUUUUUGUCUCUCUUUCGGGCAGCGUGCACUUGCGCUACGGUAAAUUCGAUUUGAAUGAAUUAAAUGAAUCAAAUAACAAAUAAAUAACAAAUGCAAAACACUUUGCAAGCCAAGCAAAAACCAAGUGUGUGAUUGAGUGCAAUAGCGAAACAUCAAAAGAUCUGCGCGCGCAAUAUACAGCAAAGUAAAGAAGGCAAACACCAAAAAAAAUAAAAAAAAAAAAAAACACGGUUCAGAAACAGAGGAAAUACGAAAUCCAUCAUAAAACCACAAAAAUCUCCUCAAACAUCGCGUGUGUGUGCCUGUGUGUGUAGCGCGUGCGUGUGUGUGUGUGUUUGCCAACGAUCCGUCGGCCUUUUCUCCGUUUGUUUCUUUUCGCGUCUUAUAAGCCGAGUUAAACCGAUCCCCGAUUUCUUCUCGAGUUGUUCCUUUCGGUUUUCGGUUUGUCUUUGUGCCCGGCACGUAAUCCCUCUCUCUCUCCCCCUAAUCAACCUGCUGAUCCCACCGGAGGGUUAAAACACACACAUAUAUACGUAUAGUGCACACAAGUACAGAGAGAGAGAGCGAGAACGGGCGAGAGAUAGUCAUCGGUGCUGCGAAGUCCAUCAAGAUUGUGCGCCUAAUUUGAAGCUGUAAUUAAUUUGGAUACCCUAAUAAAAAGGCCAGCCGAAAGAACACAGCAUCCAGAACCCGAAACCCACAGCCCAAAAAACCAAGAGCCCAGUAGCCCCCGCCUUCUUGUUCUUGAAGGGGCGCUAUUUUAUUGCCCCGCACCGAUGCCUGCGCAAUAUGGAAUUGGCGAUUUGUAAAACAGAUCUGUCUGCCACAAAAUUUAUGCUGCCGCCCGCUUUGCCCUCCACAGCGGCCAUUGGUUCCUCGUCGGCGGUCGCCUCCACGGCCUCCCAUUUUCUGGAUAAGGCGGCCCACGAGCUCUUCCAUCUGAACGCCAUCAACGGACACCUGUUCAAGUCGCCGGCCAGCGGCCAUCUCAAUUCGGUCGGCAGUCCGCAGUCGAUCCUCAGCCAACUGAACGGCAUUGGCAACAGCAGCAGCCAUUCGGGCCAAGUCAGCACCAUGAGGCUCAAGAAGAACCGCAAAGUCACCUUUCUGUCCAGCCUAGUUGAGUCGAAAAAUAUAUUCAUCAAGGAGGAGCCGAUUCAUGGAUGCAAAGAUCUGUGCAGCUUGUCGGAUAUUUCAGAUCAUGAGGCGUCAUUAGAAGUUCCCACCACCUUGCCACCCCUCACGCCGGGCACCAAUCGCAAGGUCAACGAGGUACUGAAGGCCUCCUUCGCCUCCUGGGAAAAGGAGGUCCAAAAAUGCAACAUAACCAAAGAUCCGCGUGAAUGGACGGAGGAGCAUGUCAUCUACUGGCUCAACUGGGCCAAAAAUGAGUUCUCGCUGGUCUCCAUGAACCUGGACCCCUUUUACAAGAUGAAGGGCCGCGCCAUGGUCGAACUGGGCAAGGAGAAGUUCCUGGCCAUCACGCCGCCCUUCACCGGCGACAUACUGUGGGAGCACUUGGACAUCCUGCAGAAAGAUUGCGAGAAACCAAAUGAGGACAUUGUGCACGGCAAUUCCUUUGAGUCGGCCACCACGGCCUCGGUCUGUGGAUCGGACCACCAGGUGGCCAAUUACCCCACCGAGCCGCCCGCCAACAGCAACAACAGCAGCAUAAACAGCCGCCUGUCCAUGGAUUAUGUGACGUCGGCGGGGAACAGUGAUAACAAGAACUUCCACCGCGCCACGCCCCACGCCCACAACGGCUACAACACCAGCAACACUCACGACCGCAUCAACAGCAGCCCGCCCCCGCAGCAGCAGCAAUCGCAGCAGCCGACUGUCAAUGGCAGCGGCAGCGCCAGCAGCAACAACAAUAGCUCCAUGCUACCGCCCGCUGUCCAGCAGAGCAGCAGCAGCAACAACGAAAACAACAACAACACCAGCAGCAGCAGCGGCAGCAGCAACAACACAAACAGCGGCAGCAGCAGCAACAACAAUAAUAACAACAACAACAGCGUUGGCAACAACAAUGCGAAUGCGGGCAGCAAUAACAACAAUAAUAACAAUAAUAAUAUUAACUACAUGGCCACCAUGGCGGCAGCGGCGAUCUUUCAACAUCACCUCAAAGAGGAGCCAGGCACCCAGAAUGGCAAUAUUGGCGGCUAUGGCGGCAGUAAUAGCCAAAACGAUCCCACGGAUCUCAGUAGUUACGGUUUGCCCGCCCACCUGGCCGCCUAUGGGGGUGGGAGUGGCAGUGGGCCAACCGGCGGCAGGAGCUCCGGAGGCGGCGGCGGCGAUGAAAGCGAUUAUCACAGCACGAUCUCGGCGCAGGAUCACCAGAGUCAGCAAUCGAGCGGGGGAAAUGGCAGUGGUGGAGCCAGCGGCGGGAGCACCGGGAACAGCAACGGUUACAUGGACAGCAGCUCGGAGUUCUAUAACACCUAUGCGGGCAGGAGUCGAUUCCACGAUGGCUAUCCGCCGGAAUUCGCACCCUAUGAUGCCCAAUCCUUCCAGUCGAUGGGCCCCCAGCCCACGGCCAUGGAUCAGUGGGGAGCAGCCCACGCCCACCAGCAUCCGGCAGCGUACAUGAGCACCUUGGGUCUGGACAAGGGCCUCCUGGGCGGCUACACGACGCAGGGCGGUGUGCCGUGCUUCACAGGAUCGGGUCCCAUUCAACUGUGGCAGUUCCUGCUCGAGUUGCUGCUGGACAAGACGUGCCAGAGCUUUAUCUCGUGGACCGGCGAUGGCUGGGAGUUCAAGCUAACCGAUCCCGAUGAGGUGGCUCGUCGUUGGGGCAUACGCAAAAACAAACCCAAGAUGAACUACGAGAAGCUGAGUCGCGGACUGCGCUACUACUAUGACAAGAACAUCAUCCACAAGACGGCUGGCAAACGAUAUGUCUACCGCUUUGUCUGUGAUCUCCAGAAUCUAGUUGGGCACACGCCCGAGGAGCUGGUGGCCAAGUAUGAUCUUAAGAUUGAGAAAAAAGAUGUGGAUUAGCAGCGGAGCAGCGGAGAAGCUGCCUAAAACGGGAACAGCUCCAGGUGAACUGUGCUCCCAGCCACGGAUUGUACUCAACCAACCGCAAAAUACUUUCGAGCGUUAUUGUUUACCAAGCGUGAUGUUAGCUUUUAAGCAGCAAACCCCGAUCUGCGCUCUUGCAACGAGAUUAAAGUGUUGGCCAACCCAAGUCCCCAAAUGUCCCGACUCCUCCACACAAAACACAAAUAACAAACAGCAAAAAAAAAACCCCGCCCACCAAACUGUCAAAUCGAUUUGCUUGUAAUUACCGUGUAAAAAUUAGACUUUUGAAUUAAUUUGAAAUUAAUUUAAAAUACUUCAGAUUUAGUUAUAAGCCGAUCUAAGCAAGAGAACCAGUUGAGGAUGAACCGAAUUCAAUUUGAAAUUCUGUGUGCAAUGCGUUGAUGUUUCUUCGUCUCACAUAGUCUGUAGAAGAUGUCAGCUGCAAGGAUCGAACGUUGAUAGAGGCCAUAAAGCAUGUGUCCCAAAAGUGAUAUUAGAGCGCAACAAUUUGUUAUACUUACAUAAUCAUUUUACCCGCACGGGGCACCCAGAAACAUUUCAAACAAAAUCAUGCAUGUAUAUAGCGAUGAAGAUGUGUAUGGCACAUAAGUAGGUCUCUAGUAUUUAUGUAUGUCUAACCUGUAAUCUGUGCUACUGGUACAACUAAGUUUUCCACUUCCACACUAUAUCUUCACUGUACUUCUGUGCGCUUCCGUGCGAUCCCAAAAGUUUUAAACGUAAAUCGGCACAACAGUUUAUCAUGCAUAUGAUGGAACAUUGUUAUCGUGUGCUAUCUGUAUACUUAUAGGCUACUCCUAGAUACAUAGGAUCCAUAGUGUCUCCCUAGUGCGUUAAUCGACAGUUCAAGAAGUGUUUAUUACCUAGUAUGUGUGUAUAGCUAUUAACUACUUAAGUCUAGCUCGUAGAUGCAUAGCCACGUAUUACACCCGUAAACAUAAAGUUAUAUUGAUUACAUAGAUACACAUACAUUUGUAGAGCAAUUUUAAAAUAUUGUAUUUAUACAAGCGUACAUCGUAAUAUUAAAGCUAUCAUUAACAUUGCUAAGAUAAAAACAAUAAAAGAAAACCCAAUAUGAAAAUAC